AUGGCCAUUAGGAGCAGCUCUGCAAUUCGAGUGGGGUAUGACCUCACGAUAAAUGAAGAGGAUAUAACCGAUGUAUUCUCUUCUCGAAUCUUCCGCGUUCCAAAGCCACUGCGAGACUCCAGCGACCGAUUAUACAGUCCACAUCUUGUUUCCAUCGGCCCUUUUCAUUAUGGGAAGGAGGAGCUGAAAGAAAUGGAGAAAUCCAAAUCUGAGGCAGUUCGGAGGAUGCAAAAGAGAAUCGAGAGGGAAGAUAGACCCAUUUCUAUUGGGACAAUUGUAGAAAAAAGCAUGGUGUACAAGGACAGGCAGAUUAGGGAGUUCUAUGGUGAACACAUUCCCUAUACUCCGAUACAAUUAGCCUGGAUGGUCACCAGAGAUGCCUGUUUUCUUUAUGAAUUUCUUGUUAAUUAUGCAAAAAUGUAUUCCAGUGGUAAGAGUCUUUAUAAAGAGGAAGUGACUGAAUUUUCGUGGAGGUAUGAUUCAGUUUUUGAUGUGACAUAUCAGAAUCCGACAAGAGAAAGAAUCAUGGAUGAUAUACUUUUAUUUGAAAAUCAACUCCCUCUUUGGGUUUUGCAGCAUAUCCUUCAAGUUCAAUUGGGUUCUAGCGAUGCAGCCGACCAGAAGUUAGACGCCUUAAUGGAAUUGUUGCUGAAAUCUGCGACACGACAUAAAGUUUUUAUGUGGUAUACUCCAUAUUCAUACAACAUGUGUUCUCAUGUCCUGGAAGUAGUCUACCACGGCAUGGCUGGCGAGGAUAUUACUUCUUAUAGUAGUACAGAAGCCCCAGAAUUGCCGGCUUCACCUCGCAAUCGCAUACAAAUCUACUUUGAGAAUGGUUUUGAUUUAAUCAAAGCCAUUUGUGAACGUUGGGGUAAUCCCUCCUCAGAUUCAAGCCAUGGCAUAGAAGUGAAGCUGGACCUUCUGAAACUGCCAUCAGCAGUAGAACUCACACAACAGGGAGUAAAGAUCCAUCCAGUGUUGGUAGAAGCAGCAACAAAAUGGGCAUCAGGCUAUCCAGCCAUUCAGUGGAUAAGAUUUGAUGAGGAAACAUCAACGCUUUACUUACCACAAUUGAGGGUAACCCCACAAUCAGAUUUAGUGCUAAAAAGCAUUAUUGCAAUGGAAGUGAGCACAAUAGACAGGUACCAUCCAAGACCCAUGACUCAGUUUGGUAUAUUUAUGGAUGAGCUGAUUGAUAGCGAGGAGGACGUUGCGGUGCUAAGGAAGGCAGAUGUGAUUAGAAGCUUCCUUGGAAGCAAUCAACAAGUGGCGGAUCUAUUCAACUCUGUAGUUCAAGGGAUUACCCCUAUUCAGGGCUGCAAAGUAAUCGAUGAUGUGAGAAGGGGAUUGCAUAGGUAUACAAGAAGAAAGUAUAAGAUCCUGUGGAGUGAGUUCGUAAGUGCUUAUUUCUCAAAGCCCUGGUUGGUUGCUGGAUCCAUAGCUGCCAUGGCACAAGUGCUUAGGGAGUUCGUUGGUGGUUAUUUUUCACUGCAAUGGCUUCUUGUGGUUUUCAUGGCUGUCUUAGUGUUAUUUCUCCUCACAAUGCAAUAA